AACGUUUUCAGACAUGGCGAAGAGCAUCGGUAGCGUUCUUUUACUAACGUUCGCGCUGUCGUUUGUACGGACAGACAAACACGAACGAUGGAACACGCCGCCAGAACUAACGCCCGAGUCAGUCAAGAUGUUAAACAAUGGGGAACCCGAGACACGUCUCUUUUCUUUCAACCCCACGGCGACUGUCAGUUUAAACGCAGGGAAUAACAAUGCGCACUCAGUCAGUCUCGGUGCGAGUCUCGAUGGCAUUAGCCUUUCGGAAAGUAACAGUUACGAUCAUCCUACGGGGUAUGGAUCUUCUAUUUCCGUAAGCAAAUCGGCAACUGUUUCAGCGGGAUUAUCAGGAAUUUCUACCGCAAGCGCGGGAGCUUAUAAUAACGGGAACAAUGUCAAAACCGAAAGCCAUUCACUUAGCUUUGGUCAAGCAACUGCAUCCUCUUUCGGAACGAUUGAAAAUGGACAAGCAAUUACCGGCGCAGCAUCUUCCGCUGGUAUUUCACAAAUCUCUACAACUGGUGGUAAUGGUAGACAAUUCUCGCAAGCUAAUGCACGCUAUCCGUAUUGGCCAACAUGGAGCAAUAUUGGUCCGAGCAACGGACACAAUGAUCAACAUUUCAAUCGACCAACAUUGACUGUUUCGAAGCCGUACGAUGAAACACGGCCGACAUUGAACAUCGGUGGGCCUGGCAUAAUCAGGCAAGAACAAAAGCCAACGAUUCAUAUCUACAAAUGGCGACCGAAUCACAGGGUUUCCCGUCCAGGUAUCUCGAUUGAACAUCGGAUACACGAUUCUAGGAAUGGCCGAACUCAUGGAUCGACGAGUCUUCAAAUCGAAAGCAAAAACUCUAAUCAGGAAGAUUCCGACAGUGAUUUAAUUUCUGAUCUCGCACAAACAGUUGGUGAAUUGUUUGACAUUGAAUGAUGAAUGAUAAAAAUAAAAUGGCAUAUACAGAUUUUAAAAAA